UGUAUCAGAAAUUUAUCAAGCAUGGUGGACAGUGUGGGUAAAGUUGUUUUGCCAGGAGAGAAUUUAACCAAUUUAUUAGGAUCAGACUCAACUUUGAAAGUAGUGCUUGGUCCAGGAAUACGACAGGAGACAGAUUUAGUGAUCGUGUCAAAACCUGGCGUCUUAAAGUUUAAAGAGCCAAAUAUAUAUUGGGUUGACAGUUUUCAAAAGCGGUAUAUUCCUCAAAGAGGAGACUCUGUCAUUGGCAUUAUAACUACAAAGGCUGGUGAUGUCUUUCGUGUAGAUGUUGGUGCCAGUGAAUUGGCAACAUUACCAUAUUUGGCUUUUGAGAGUGCUACAAAAAGAAACCGACCAGAUGUUAAGGUUGGUGACAUAGUUUACUGCAAGUUUUUAGUAGCUAACAAAGAUAUGGAACCAGAGCUUGUUUGUAUAGAUGGCAGUGGUAAGAGUGCCGGACUUGGUGUUAUUGGACGAGAUGGAGGAAUGUUGCUGCAGGUCCCCAUUAAUUUGGUGCAGAAAGUGUUGAGUCCAGAGUGUGUUCUAUUCAAGACACUUGGAAAGAAUUUAAAGUAUGAGGUUGCUGUAGGAAUGAAUGGACGUAUUUGGAUUAAGUGUCACACUGUGAUGGAAACUAUCGCUGUAGCUAAUGCCAUCAGUGUUUCACAACACAUGACUAACCAAGACAUUCAGAAAAUGUGUUCACAGAUGGCAGAUUCUUUAGUAGGAUUUUAAUGUGAUACAGUUUAUUGCUUUUUGUUGUUUCUGUUUUUAUGUAUUGAAGAUGUAUUUUUUAAACUAUAUGAUUGGCAGCUUAAAUGAUUCAACAAACAAAUCUUUUGAAUUUACCCACUGGUAUUCAUAUCAAGUAGUUGAAGGUUUGUUUCCAAUUAAACAAACAACUCAAGUUGUCUUUUCAAUUUCCUUCUGACCUUGAAACAAUUCACUAAAUUUUUGUUGUUCUCAAUGCAAACCAUGUUCUACCCAGGUAUUUUGAUUAGCUCGUUCAUUCUUUUGUGAAAAGGUAAUGGUCAUGGUAAUGCUUUCACUUCAUUGUUUUCAUGACAUGAUAUUAAUAAAUCUUUGUUUUCAUGGCUUCAAAAAAUAAAGAGUUUUUUUUUCAUUAGUGGAGAUUAAUUAAUAUUUGUAAAAAAGCAA